AUGUCUUACAACAGAGAUACUGAAGCCGGCCGUUACGGCGAGUACGGUAGCAACGAUAGCUACGGAUCGUCCAACCGGACCGGAGGUUCUGACUCUUACGGCGGCACCGACUCCUAUGGCUCCUCGAACCGCUCCGGCAACGACUCGUACGGUUCCGGUCGUGAUAACAACACCUAUGGCUCUGGCAGUGGAAACACCUCCGGAUCGUCCGGCGGCUCCUACGGCUCCAAAAACGACAGCUACGGCUCCUCGGACAACUACGGAUCCUCUCGUCGCGACAAUGACUCUUCCGGGUCGUCCGGAAACACGUACGGAUCGUCCAACGAUUCCUACGGAUCCGGCCGUCGCGACAAUGACAACAACAACUCCUACGGCUCUAGUCGCCGCGAUGACAACGAAACCCCCUACGGGUCCUCAGGCAAUAAUAGCAGCUCGAAGAGCGACAGUUACGGAUCUUCAAGCAACACCUAUGGAUCUGGCUCUGGCUCUGGCAACAACUCGUACGGCUCCAGCCGUCGGGACAACGACAAUAACACCUCUUACGGCUCCUCCGGAAACUCUCGGGGCGACAACUACGGAUCAUCGGGCAACACCUAUGGAUCUGGCAAUGACUCCUACGGCUCUUCGGGCAACAACUCCAGCUCGAAGAAUGAUAACUACGGAUCGUCCAGCAAUACAUAUGGAUCCGGCAAUGACUCGUACGGGUCCAGUCGCCGAGACAACGACAAUGACAAAUCGUAUGGUUCAUCCGGCUCUCAGAAUGAUACCUACGGAUCGUCGUCGGGCAACACUUACGGGUCCUCUGACUCCUACGGCUCCAAGAAGGAAGGGUACGGAUCCAGCAACCGCUCCGGUGAUAACUAUGGCUCGUCAUCUGGUAACACGUACGGCUCUGGCGGCGACUCAUAUGGUUCCUCUGACAACCUGAGAAACGAUACGUACGGCUCCUCGAACUCUGGUUCCAACCGUCGUGAUAACGACUCGUACGGAUCUUCCGACCGCUACGGCUCCGGUAACACUUCGUAUGGCUCUUCGAACAAUGACUCGUACGGCUCUCGGGGUGGAAGCCGAUAUGACUAG